CACUUUGUUACAAUAUUACAGUUACAAUGUAAACACUUUGUUAGUUACAAUAUUAGUUACAAUGUAAACACUUUGAUCGUUACUAUAUUACAGUUACAAUGUAAACAUGUUGUUAGUUACAAUAUUACAGUUACAAUGUAACACGUUGUUAGUUACAAUAUUAUAGUUACAAUGUAACACGUUCAGGGGCGGACUGACUAUUGGGGAACUCGGGCACUUCCUGAGGGCCCGGGGUCAGUAGGGGGCCCCAUGAGAUGCUUUUUUGGGAGGUAGUUUGAGUGUGGGUGAGGACACAGGGGCCCCAUGAUCCCCUAUUGCCCGGGGGCUCCAUGA